AUGGCUAUAUCAACACUGAUGGAUCUACCUUCUGAACUCAUCCAGCACAUUCUGGCCUACCUGGAACCGGUAGAUCUCGCCAAUGUCGCUCAGACUUGUCGCCACCUUCAAAUCGAAAGCUACGACAAUCAAAUAUGGUUGCGCCUGAUCAAUCGCUACCUACCGACUCCAAUAUCUCGCCUCGGGCCCAUGAAAUCCUUUCGCGAGCUGUACAUUGCACAUCAUCCUCAUUGGUUCCUUCCUCAAAAUCGGAUUUGGUUUGGAGAUACCGAGCCGAGUGGGAAACUUCUGGUCACACGCUACGAUGAAGACAACGGGUCUAUAAACGCCUACACUGUCGUGGCCAGGACUCCGAGAGGCUUGCCGACGGACUGGGAGCUCGAUCCUGAUGUCCAAAUUCACACAUUCAAUCCAAAGGUGUGGCUCGACCUCAAUCAGCCCGUCGUAAAGCUCCAGGUGGACAGCCGAAGAGCAGAGCGUCCACCGAAUGACUACCCAAGCGAUCGCAGCUAUGCCUCCGAGUCAGUCUACACGACUGCCAUUACCGAAGGCACGAGCGUCUGGCCGCCUCUCAAAUAUCCGGCUCACGGCCGGACUCGCAAUGAUAGUCACAAUCGAUUCAAUUCGACCGGACAUAAGCCCACGAGGCACGACGAGGUGAGCCAGACCAACUUCAGACUCCGCAAGUGGUCUACAUUCGGUGCGGAUCUGCCAUUCUUCGCGGCUGGGCCGAAUCUCCACGCUGGCGGCGGCGUGAGGAUACGCAUGCCGGAGGACAUUACCACGUAUGCCACCUUGCCUGAGGGCAGUUUUGCGCCCACUACCCAGAAACCAUGGCAAGGCAUCUGGGUCGGUGAUUAUAGUGCCCAUGGCUGCGAAUUUCUGGUCAUACACCAGCCCGAUAAGCAGGAUGAGAGACCAUUGCCCUCCGGCAUGGAUCGGCUCCGACAUUGGUUGUACGGAGAUCGACGAGGCAGCGACAGACAUUUCACGCCCUCGGGACGACUCGAAGCCAUGAAACUCACCGGCGACCCUUACAUGCCACGCGGCGAGUACACCUUCAUAGCUCCCGAGAUCGGCGACGCAGGCUUGGUGCGCAUCGCAGAGGAGGAACCCUUCAAAGGUGCACGAGUCGUGAAAAGCGCAGGGCAUAUCGCGAACAGAGGUUUUCGUGAUGACUCGUACAUGGCUUGUCAAUUGAUCCUCAUUUCUCCCAAUCGAAUCGCGCAGCUGUGGCAGGAGAUUGGACAUUUCGGACACAUCUCCUUCUUCCAUCGGGUUGACAUUGACACUCUGGCUAGGGAUGGCAUGGUGCAGACAGGCACUGCAGCAUCCUCAGCUACAGUGCCCGAGUCGUCGGCCGCGUCAAUAGAUGUCCAACUUUGA